UGUAUAUGUAUGUUAAACCUUCAUAGAUCUCUAAAUCACAACGUUGAAAACUUACAUAGUAUAUGACGUUACGCGAUUCUUGAUAAUCAGAUAUCGAUAAUUCAAACAAGUGACGCGCACGAUUGGCUCGAUUGGCGAGGAAGGUCGUCUUUUAACGGAUUGAAAAUCGCAUGAAAAUCGCCGUAGACGAGAAAUAAGAGAGCGGGAUAAGCGAAGCGAGAAGCGGCUAUUUGUUACAUGUGAUACUCCGUGCGAGUGCAAGAGAAGGUGGAAACACUUGAAGUACCGUGAGACUCGAGCGGUCGUUUCUGUGUGUUACUACACGUGUUAACGAGUCGAACCUUACCAAUCCUUCUCGAUCAGCUGUGUGAAUCGAGGAAACUGCCACGAGACAUUUGCCAAUUACGUUAAAGAAAAAAAAAAAAAAAUAAGCAGCGUAAGAAGAAACAAAAGAGAGAAAGAGAACGAGGAAACGAAGGAAACGAAGUAACGAAUUUCUCUCUUCGUCGUCAAUACGCGCGAGUACUCGCGCGAGUCCACGGUGCUCAACUAGAUACAUAAGUACAAAGAGCAUGUACAAUAAGUACACGGACGUGCAAAUUAUUUUUCUCUCGGUCGAGGUGUACAUCCCACUUAUACGUUUAGUACACACGCAAACACACACUCACACACACUAUACGAAAUAAGCGCAUCGAGUCUGUCCACAAAUCUCUCGGGCGAGAAGCCCGACUCACGACGCUCCUCAAUCUACCUCAGCGCGACUAUCGCCAUCGCGCGAUUCCGUUCUUCCUUCCCACGCUUUCGAAACGAGCAAGUUCUCGUCGGGGAAGCGGCAACAAAACGAGGAACAAAACCGACAGUCACUCGACGCGUCGUCCAACUGAAAGUCCUAGAACCUAAAGAGUCAAGCGGAGACGUCUCGACGUCUUCGACGCUGCGCGUUCGUCCCCGUGUCCUCGCCGACCUCGCCGACGAGGGCUCUCACACCCUCGUGGGCGACCCGUUGCGUGUUACCGCUUCGUGAAUUAGUCCCGUCGCUGAAUCGAAGUUGUCGGAUUUUCGACAGGUGCGCGGCUUCCGUUGCCUCUCGCCACUUAUACGAACCGACACACACUCACACACACACACACAUACAUACAUCAGCUUUUUCCUCCUUCCUCUGGCCGCAAACAUGCGGAGAUCGGCCGGGUGAAUCCGUAGGAUGAUCGUAAUCAGCGAUCGAACGGGUGUAUGCGUCUCGAGUGUUUCCGAUCGCACGGGAUCCUGAUCCCGUCGAUCUCUUGAUCCUCGAGCUCGUUGCGCGAGGGACGACAAGACUCUCUAUAGUACGCGGUACGUCGAGGUCGAGGGGGUAUCUGUUCGCGGGGGAUCGAUCGAAUGAGGCCGAUUGGGGCCUCGAGGCAACGCAUGUUGUAUCGAGUUUCGGCGGGGCCGCGAGUUGUGUCGUUCGCCAAGCAAGCAAGUGAUAUGCGCUGUCUUACGCGGGUGCGCGGGCGGGACAAUGCUGACGGCGAGAGAUGAGAUUAGAGCGCCGGGAAGAGAAAGCGAGAAGAAACAGCUGGGGCAGCACGGGGCAGAAGAGAGAAGAAGAAGAAGAAGAAGAAGAAGAAGAAGAAGCCGCGCAGCCAAGGAAGAAGACGCACAGCCAUGUCAUGGGAGUCUAUUUCGUCCAGGUAUUACCUCGGGCAAGUAUUGUUGUUUACUCCGGAAAUAGCGACCCACCACCAGGACCUCUACGGUUCGCAGCGCGAGGAGCAGGAGACUGCGACCGGAAGGCAUCGGCGAGUCAUCAGCUCUCGGCGACCGAGCUGCUGGGUAGCCCUGAUGGAUCGAGGCAUCCGCUCGACGUUUGCGACUUUUCCGAGGAGGAUUACAGAAAUCAGAACGGCAAUGGCAGUAACGGCCAUUACCAAAAUGGUAGGUCGGGUGCUGGUAUAUGGGAGUGUCUCAUAGGUUGCAGAAAGCGGCUUGAUCAACAAUUAGCUCGAAGAAGGGUGGAGCAGGGUCUGAAAUUGUACCGGGCUCAUAAACAACAAGCCGCGGUUAGAAAAUGGAGGGGCGCAUUGAAGAGCAUCAGGCACCGCGAGGAUAAAUUCACUCUUCUCGGAUAUCUGUAUCAGGCGUACAUGGAUUGGGGCAAAUACAGGGACAGCAUCGAGUUCGGUCACAAGCAAUUAUGUAUUUCGGAAGAAUUGGACUCGCCGAACAUGCGGGCGGAAGCGUAUUUGAACUUAGCCAGGGCACACGAGAGAUUAGGCGCCCUGGAUAGAGCGUUAGACUAUGCCCGGCACAGCUUGUAUAACGAGUGCGACCAGUGCGCCACUGCUGGAUUAGUUCACUUAACUGUAGGCAGAGUCCACUUAGAACUAGCGGGAUUCUGCAAGGCCUUGGAAGCGUUUCAGAGAGCCCACAAAAUCGCCCACUCCAUUCAAGAUCCCUCCUUAGAACUGCAGGUAUACGUCGGCCUGUCGGAACUUUACUGUAGGUUACAGGACGCGGACAAGAGCGCGCGAUAUGCGGCGAGAGCUUACGAUCUCUCCAGAAGUUUACAACUGGGAGAUCUGAAUUCGCGUCAUCACAGGGCGGCGUUAUUGCAGAUGGCCGCGGCAUUGCGGAAAAAGGGCGAGCUGGGCGACGCUCACGAUUAUUGUUCGGAAGCGACACGGCUGUCACUAGUUUCUGGCGACCAAGCCAGUUAUGCCCGAAGCAUCCGUAUUAUGGGAGACAUUUACAGGAAGAAGUCCGACAUAAAUGUGGACAUAUUGCAGAAAGCGCUUCAACAGUACGAAAGCGCGAUGGGCUCAGCAGCCGCAACCGGCGAUCGGCUGUGUCAGAUGGAAGCGAUGGACGGCGCGGCGAGAUGUCUAGAAGCUUUCAGACUCCAGAACAAGAUAUGCAACUGUAGACCCCUCGAGUUCAAUACCAGGCUCCUGGAGGUGGCGGGAUCGGUCGGCGCCAAACUCUUGGUGCGGACAGUUAGAUCCCGACUGUCGCGAAUCUACGGGUCUUUGGGAGAUGAGGAACAAAAAGGGCAUCACGAGAGACUAGCGACCGCGAUGGAGGAAGAUCUGGAGUUACGAUGCGGAAGCUGUAACGAACCAUUCGGUCUGGAAGCUGAUUCUUUGGAAGCAUUACCUUGUUCUCACAUAUUACACGCUAGAUGCGCGUACGACAUCUUGAAGAGACGCGACAAGAAGAAAAAACGUUUGUGCCCCGACUGCCACAAAUCUGUCAGCUCACGACUGUACCUGCAUUGCGAGGAUCCUCACGGCAUGAAUACUUUGAAUCAUAGUUCCUUGAGUCUGGCGUCAUUGAGGGCCAGCAGCCUAGCAACACUUGAGGACUGUCACGCGACGAGUAGCGUUUAAAACACAAUGGAUUUCGUUUAUUUUAACGCGUUGGCAUCCGCAUGAGAUUAGAUAAUUUUAAGGAUUAUAAUUUGGAAGAGAAGAAGAAAAAGAGCCAAGAGAAAGUAGUACGAUGCAAAGAGAUUUAAUGGCAAUAAAGAGUGCACGCCUCGAACCGCUCUGA